AUCAAAGACCAAAACAAGUUGUUUUAUUAACUGUUAUUUUGUCAAAUAUUUUGACGCGGACCGGCUUCCCAACCAUCCGCCCAGUCCGUAAUUUGAACCCAAAACCAAUACUCAUCCUAACCAGCAGAGGCUCUAAACCCAUUACAGUCAAACCGGUCGGUACCCCAUACGAGUCUACCAUAACCCCAAUCUAUUCAGUACCGAAAAGACCCUUAUCAGGUGUAGACGUGAAUAUCCAGCGCUAUUAAUAAGCCCUCUCUGGGUUAGAUAGAAGGAUGAGUAACUGGACUGGUGAAAACUCGACUGAGUUGUUAUGUAUUGAAUGCAAAACUAUUGUUUCUGCGAUAGGAGAAGGAUGGAAGAGAGAGAAAAUUACAGAAAAUAUCAUACCCGGCAUUUUUCUCAUCAUUCUAGCCAUUAGACUGAGCUACGUAUAUCUGUUCAGGACGAACUCUCUGAAGAAACAUAUCGGAAGAUCAAGGUGCGGAGUGUUAAUGAGCCUGCCCUGGGACGGAAUUGUAUUUCUUGGAUCAGCUGGAACAGGGAUAAUCCUGACGGUUCUACUCUCCGAGAACCAGGAGAAGACGGCUCUUAAUGAUAUCUAUCUCGUCACAUUCUACGUUGCCUUCUCUCUCUAUGGAAUUAUCGACAUCGUGACACAUUUCCGGAAAGGAUUAAAGUGUGAAAAAUUGGUGAAAACAUUCGCUUUAGGUACAGCAUUGGUUGUAGAGGCUGUGCUGUACAUUCUUAGAGUUGAAGAUGGAAACAUGGCGAACAUUUUACAAAUGGCCACCAUUGUUGUUGCAGCAUUGUCUGCUUUUGGCGCAUUUUUCGAUGCACACGCAAAUAUUGUGUUGGGGAUAUCUCUACUCCUACAAGGAACUUGGCUUCUACAAAUCAGCGGAGAAAUCAAGGAAACCGAAUGGAUUCAGAUUUAUUUCUCAUGGCACCUCAUCAUCAUUUCCUUAGUUUUCUUCAUCCUUAUCCUGGUUCGUGAAAGCGCAGACAAGACAGGAGAUUUGGAUAAUAAUAAUUCAAAGUUUUCCUCUCUCAAAUCCAAGAUCUCCAACCCUUCCACUCAUUUGACGGACACGGAGCACAACUCCUUGGAUAACUCCUUCCUCCAGAAGCAGAUGCCUGUCUACUCCAAUACUGAGAUCCCGAGUGGAUUAUCCGUCUUACCGAACCCAGUAAACCUGUCUCCAACACCCUGCUCCGCACUGAGUAUGGUAUCCAACCUGGAUGAGAAGGAAGGAGUUGAAUCGGAACAAAUUCGUCAAAGUGAGAUGAGAAGUAGUGUUAGACCAAACCUCUCUCAAAUUCAGAAUAAAAACAAAAUAGUUACUUCUUCCCUGCAGCAAUAUAGAAAUAACCAUGUUUCUGAUCCUGCUGCAUCCUCCCACAAUACAACAAGGCAUAGUUCAGUAUCUCCAGGUCUACCUAGAGACUGUGUAUCCUAUCCUAGUUCUAGUAACCCUGUAGUAUCUCCAGCUCCUAGCACCACCAGCACCUCUCUAUCCCUGGUGAAGAACGAGGAGGGUUCUUCUCCUGAUCAGAUAGUUUACGAGAACACUCAUCUAGCUCCGACACCGAGUAUUAUAGAAUCAGAACCUUUUGAUAGAAUCUCUCCUAUAGAUGAAUACAACACGUUGAGCAGACAUGUUCAAUCCGUCAGAGCUUCAAUUAAACUUAAAGAGAGUAAUAUUGUGUAACUUCGUUUCUGUAAACUGUACUAUUUUUGUAUUAAAAGCAUAUAUAACACAUUUUAAAUAAAUUAUUUA